UCUCUCCGAAAUCCCCAGUUUCCGUCUUCCCAAAUAGAGUUUAUCUUGUAAACGCGAGAGAGAGGUCGGGAGAGCUCGCUCAGGCUUAUCUGAUAUUUGGGGUUAGGGUUUUUUCUCGAUCCGACUUGCCAAUUCCAAAACCCUAAUUAUCGGAUCGGGUCUGAGCAUUCUGUUUAGCAGGCCCGCUUAGUUGAAUCAGCUAAGUUUCAUGUCUGACAUCGAUGUACAGCUUCCCACUGCCUUUGAUCCCUUUGCUGAGGCAACUGCUGAGGACUCUGGUGCUGGGACAAAAGAGUAUGUGCACAUCCGUGUACAGCAACGCAAUGGCAGGAAAAGCCUGACUACUGUGCAGGGACUGAAGAAAGAGUUCAGUUACAACAAGAUACUCAAAGACCUUAAGAAGGAGUUUUGCUGCAAUGGUACUGUUGUCCAGGACCCAGAACUAGGGCAGGUCAUUCAACUUCAAGGUGAUCAGCGAAAGAAUGUGUCUUCAUUUCUAGUCCAGGCUGGGAUUGUGAAGAAAGACAAUAUCAAAAUUCACGGUUUCUGAGCCGUUGCAGCAACUUCGUUCUCUGCAGAAUGAGUCUCUCUAAACCCUCAGUUGAGAACUUUGUUAUCUGAAUAUUAUAUCAACUAUAAGCUAGUCUGCUAUGCGAAUCGUGGUUCCGGUGUCUUCUAAGUUUCAAAAAACUCUGUGAUGUGGGAUACUUGUGGAGUGUAUGACGAUUUGUGGCUGUCUUAAUUUCAAUAUCUAUAAAGAUAUUAUGUUUUUACCUA